CUAGGCCUACUGGAUCUGGAAAUUAUGGCGUCGCUGGUAAAGCCCACAUUUUUCAACAGAUUACCGGCUUAUGUAGCAGGAAUUUCAAGAACGGGUCAAUUAAGGUGUAGAUUUACUAUGAUGAACCCUAAUUUAUUUACUUCCAAGCGAACGCUCCUUUCUGAUGCCUACCAUGCUGACUCCCCAGGGAGUCGAGAAUUGGUUUUGUUAUCUCUUUCAGAUGAAAUGAAGAUCAACCUAGACAGAUCAUUUUAUGAUCUGAAAGAACCUGUCAUGUCUGUUGAACUUCAUAAGUACAUUGACAAUGUGUAUGACAAGGAAGAGCUAGAUGUUGCUGAAGGUUACUUGUAUUGUUACAGACAUUCACCUGUAGCCCAUCAUCUAAGACCAUCAACAGUCCAUUCGUGGCUAAGGCUAUGCAUAGAAUUAGGCUAUCCAAAAGAUGCUCUGAAAGUCCUCCAAAACAAGAGAGACUAUGGACUGUUUCCUGAGAACUACACAUACAACCUUCUUCUAGAUACAUUCUUGAGAGCAAAUGAUAUCAAAGGUGCAUGUGAUGUUGCCGUGGUAAUGAUGAAAGAAGAAACAUUAGAAAACUGUCCUCUGUCGCAGCUCCUUUCUCUCUAUGCCUGUCAUAAAUACUUGAAAAUGGGAGAUAUUCCUGAGGAUGAACAGUGGGACAUUGGAAUGACCAUCGCCGAUGCCAGUCGUGGAGUAGGAGGCAGCCUCUCACUCAGCUAUCACGCUCUGGGUUGUGCUAUGACCGGUGAUAUGAACAAAGCUAUUAGAUGUCUGCAGAAUGUGGCCGAGACAGAUGGAUCAAAGAUUGCGCAAGAAGCGCUUGACCGUAUAGCUGCAAUCCUACAACAGAUGGAAGAUGAGAAUACAGAGCUCUUAGGUUUAUUUGAGACCACCACCAAGACACUCUCCAACCAAGGCAAAGUGACGGCAGACACUCUAGAUUUGCUCCUGGAAUCAGAGGUCUCCAAGCGGCUCCCCGACCUGGAGCGUAAAGACACUGAAGAAUACACGUCCAUCCUCGAGACAUGGCAUGCAGAACACAUGGAGGCCCUGGAGAAAAAGAGGAUAGCGGAGCUUGAGGCAGAGAGGGAGGCCAAGGAGAAACGCCUGGAUGAACUGCUAAGGGCCACAGGAGGCAUCACAUACUGGGCGGAGAAGAUUGAGGAAGCCAAGCAAAGGAAAGCGGCUGCUGAAGGGAAAGCAGAAAUUGAGCAUAGGUAGCAGAUGAACUGGAUGAUUGAUUGCCACUUGACUGUCAUUGAAUGAAGAACUAUAGAUGGCUUUGAUACAUGACUGUUAUUGUGGAUAAACCAUUUGUUAUGCAAUGGAUCAUGCAUGACUUUGCAAGAUCAAUUAUACCUUAUUUACAAGAAAGAGCUAAGAAAAGUUAACUGACUAGAUGGAUAAUUAUGAGUUGCACUAAGGAUUGAUUUAAAUAAUUGCUACUAAUAAUGCCAACCUUUUUCAGUACCUAGUCCAAAUUUGAUAAGUAGAGAAAUAUCGGACUAGAAUAACAGGGAAUACAAAAGUCAUUAAGUUGGCUUAAAGCAAUGUGUCUCUUUGUGCGCCUGGUGCAUGAUGAUGUCACUGAUGCCUCUGUGCUGAUGCAAUUAGCCGUUACCAGGAUGCACAGGUCUGCUACCUGACUGUCUUAGGUUUACCCAGUUGUAACCUUGGUGUAACAUUGUGCACAAGGGUAUGACAUGGUGCACUUGGGUAUUACAGUUUGUAUUUGGAUGCACCAAUAUGUAACCUGGAUGAACAUAAAUUUUAUCUGGUGCAUUUGGCAUUAUCUUGGUGCACCUUGAUUGGUAUUCCUGGUCCACCCAGAUAUAACUUGGAUAUAUAUGUACCUGAGUGCUACCUGAUGCAUUUAGCUGUUAUUCUGGGUACACCUUGGAUGUUAACUUGUGCGUUACGUAUUACAUGGUUGCACCUUGGUUGGUAUUCUUGGUGCUCCCAGAUAUAACUAAAAUGUGCCUGGGUGCUACCUGAUGCAUCUAGGUGUUAUUCUAGGUGCACCUGGAUGUUAGCGUGUGCAUUAGGUAUUACAUGGGUGCGCCUUGGUCAGUAUUCUUGGUGCACACAGAUAUAACUUACUUGUGCCUGGGUGCUACCUGAUGCAUUUAGGUGCUAUUCUGGGUGCACCUUGGUUGGUAUUAUCUUAUACUUUCUUUUCAAUAAGCAAGAAUAUAUUUUGAAAAUUGUUACAACUUGCAUUUCAUAUUUUCUUUUCACAUUCUACCCAUACAUGAAUUGCACUUUCCUACAAGUAUCCUCUGGUGCCAAAAACAAA